AUGCGUGUGGCGGGUAGCAGCACACACUUCAAUAUCAAUCAUGGUGUGGCGGAACGCGUACCUUGCCAUUCAUUAUGCACGUCUCUCCUUCACGGCAAAUCAUCGCCACCGAUGCAGAUCGUCCAGAGUUCUUUUUCCCUUGACAAAUUCUUCGGCUUCCUUUUUGUCUGGGCUCUCGAGAUAGGCUCUUUGACAUUGCAUUGCAAUGCGGCGGGUGCACGGUGGCGUCGGAUAAGAAUCUCUCUGCUGGAGCAAACCGAACCGUUCCGCCCCUCCUGUUCCUCGGUCAUCAAUGAUUUACACUCUGAACGGUCUGGACUCGAGGUCGGCGCAUUCACGCACAAUCCGAGGUCCGUUCACCCACUAAAAGAGAAUUGCUACCUCACCUUAUCUUGGAUCCAUCCGAGCGGAGUCUCUUGUUGCGAAUGGGAAGAAAACGUGGUGUGGGCGUGUGGAUUGAAAGAAAAACGGCCAAAGCCAGAGGCAAUCGGCGGCCGUAGGACAGGGUACACACCCCUGGGUCAAGUGGUCAAACCGCUGACUAAGAAAAAUUUGUACUUCCCAAGGUUUAAAGUCGACAAGGGUGAUUUCGAAAGAAAUCUGUGA